UCGUUCAUGAAAUCACCUGCUAGGAGCCGAUCUAUCCUGCGGGCAGUCUCCGAGGUCGGUCGAUAUCGGUGCCCGUACCCACAGGCUCGUAGCCCGCCAGUCAGCCGCCGCCUGCACUACAAUGCGCCUGCACAUCGCUGUAUUGCUGCUUACCCUGCACUGUCUGGCGCAAGCAUGUGAGCCUGAACAGGCCCAGAACGGCUGCAAGAUAUAUGGAGCGGCCUGCACAUGCGGUUACGGUUGUAAGACGGAGUACAUUUACAGAACGAGGAGGUCCUGCCUGAAUGCUCUGAGAGAGCGCAGUUCCAAUGUUUGCUCCAGAAAGCCUUGUAUGAGAGGCAUCUGUACCCAAACGGUUCAAGAACCAGGAUUCGCGUGCAAGUGCGAAGGAACCGGAUAUUACGGACAGCGCUGUGAAAAAGCUUGCCCGACGGCUGCAUGGCGUGGACUUGUGUUCCCUCACGAAUGCGUUGUUAUUUAAAAAAUAUAUAUGUCAUAUAAAUAUUUAUUUAGACCUAGUUGUUGAUAGUACACACUUCACAGAUAUGUCACAAUUAAAUAAUAAUAAUUGUAUUAACAAAAGCGGUUCAUCCUAACUGCCAUCGUAUCCGUUAUUUUUUAAUUAUAAUUUGAAAUACAUGCAUAUUUUAAAAGUA